UCAAAAUUUGAAUUUGUCAAUAUUCCAUCAUCAUUAUUUUUUCCAUAUGAUCCUACAUCUAUUGCUAUAAACUUAUAGGUGGCAUCAACGACGGCUAACAAAACUAUUGAAAAAGUCUGUUUAUAACUACGAAAUUGCGAGCCACUAUUUGGUGGAGCAAAAAUUGUUGAACGUUUCUCGUUCUUGGCACCUAAGUAGUUUGGGAAAUUCCAGGAAGUCCAAAAUUCUUCAGCUAUUCUCUUUCAAUCUUGGGUUGAUGGUUUUGGCAUAACCUCAGGCAUCAACUCUUCAACUAGAGCAAUGCACACUUUCUAUUCGAAAAAUAAAUGAUAAUGUAAGGAAUGAGUCUCCCGUUGCCAGAAAUCUGAAAAAAAAAUUUAAUUUUAGUUCUUGUUGCCACUACUGAAAUUUAAUUUGAGUUAGUUAACAAAAAAUGAAAUUGCAGCUCGAAAGCUAUCACAAUUUCACCCUGCACAUCGGUAAUUUAUAUUAGAGAAAUAUUGCUGUGACAAAUCCCGUGCGGCGUUAUUACCGCAGACGUUAUAUUGAUAGUUGAGCAUGCGCAGAAUGGGUUCUAGAGACACGUUGCGGUAAUACAGUUAGCGCAUCACGUUAUUUACGGCAGAACAAAACCUCGUGUAAAACGUUGCGCUAGAUCGGAAAGAUCCAGUAGCUGAUCAGAAACUGCAGAUGUGUUUGUUUUUAUUUUCGAGGUCAAGUUGUGGGUAGUUUGUUUAUUUUAUGAAGUGAGGUGUUUUUAUAUUUUUUUCAGUAAUAUUAUGUAAAUAAUAUUUUAGUUAUGAAAUAUAUCCUAUACAAAAAGAUUGGGAUUUACGUCGGAUGACAAUUUAUGUUUGUUACGCGAAGUUGUUGGGCAAAAUCCUCUUUAGAAUCCUGAGAAGUGGAACCCAAUACAAGUUAAUAUAAAAUCAGUGACGGAAAAAGAAUUUGUUAUUCGCACAUUAAAAGAUCAUCUAAUGCUUCUUUUCACCUUAUGGAAGAAAAAAUCUAAUGGUGACAAAUUCCGGUGGAAUAUGUGCAUUGUCUUUCUUAUUUCUUCACAAGAUGCCAAUGAUUUUUGUAUUCUAUACUCUAUAUUUUUCAGAAGUUGAACAGAAGAAAUGUAAACUGAAAAGGAUACUCUUUUACAAUAAAUCUCUGACUUAUGUGGAGAAUUUCCAAUGCCUACCAAAAAAAAUUAUUCACAAAAAAAAACAAAUUGCUGAGUUAGGCCGGCAAACCAGGGAAAAUAUUGCAAUAGAUGCUUUCAUAGUGAAUAGUGAGGAUUGUAGUGGAACUUCUGAGGAAAUAAUUAUAUCAGGGAAACAUGAUUAUUAUGAUACCAAUACAAACUUACCAUCAACUGAGAUUUCUGUAGGUGAAGUAGAUACUCUAGAUGUAAUUGACCAAAACCAAAACACAAAAAGCCGACUAACAGCAAAAAAAUCAACAGGACCUGGUAUAGCUAGGAACAGACAAAAUAAAAGUGUUGUCCUCAGAAAAAAUUACAUGGAAUAUCUAAAAAAUAAAAACGAAAAAAAGGAGGAAAUAAAAUUGAGAGAAUUACAAUCGCAAGAGCAGAAAUUGAAGCUUGUUGAGAGAAAUAUUGAGAUUGGAGAAUAUGGAGAUUGAAGACAGAAAAAAAAAGAAUGAAUUACAGUUCGAAAAAUUUAAAUGUGAUAUAAAGCAAAAAGUUAAUUAUAAGCUCAAAUAUCAGCACAACAGAUAUUUCAGGACACACUUUUGAAGAGGUUACAAAAAUAUAAAGAUUGAUGCCAUAAGACUGCUUUAACCAAAUUAUGUUUCUUCGUGUUAUAGGUAGGUAUUUGAUGUGUUUUUCACUUUCGGAAUAAUUUAUCAAUAUUGCUACUUUGAGUUGACUCACAAAUAUGUACUGUAAGUUUUUUGUAGUUAGCAGCUCGAAAUGAUUUUUAGUUUUCUGUGAUAUUUAUUUGUUUUUUUACUUUCAAGUUAAUUUAUGUUGAAUUUAGUCUAUUAGCACAUAAUUAUUUGUUGUUUAUUUUUCUGGAACGUUAUUUUUUUG